ACGGUAGAGAAAGCAGGGUACAUCCAGACAGGGUUUUCGCUGUUGGGUGUCCCUGCAUAGGAGGAUGGCAAUACAUAAUGUCACUUCUGUUACAGGUUGCCUUCACGCUAACCCGUUCCACCGAUCUGGGCGUGGUGUCCAGUACAGCUGACCUGACCGUGACCUUUGACCAUGUGCUGACUGAUGUUGGCGGCAGCUUUACUGGCGUUACCAACCCGUCCGUCUUCAACUGUCAACAUCCAGGUGUCUAUCAGUUCAGCUUCUCGGCACUGUCCCAGGCAAACCGUUCUGCCUUUGUCAAGCUGAUGAAAAACGGACAAUUUCAGCUUGCCAUGUGGGCUGGGCAGGGUUCUACCUAUGGCAGUGGGGCAAACACUGCUGUGCUGGAGCUGGAGCAAGGGGACCGAGUCUGGAUGGCUAUCGGUUCACCAAACAGAUAUGCCAUACAUAGUAACGGUAACCGCUAUGUCAGCUUCACAGGGGUCCUGUUAUACUCUACCUAAAUGGUGUGUCACAGACUCCCACAACUAGCCUGAGGGCAAUGUUCUGUUGUAAUCUACCUAAAUUCUGCAUAAAGGCAACAAUAUUCCAUCAGUUAUGAAGUAAGGAAUGAAUUCUGUUGACACCAAGCUCAUUUUCAGAAUAAACAGAAUAUUUCAAGUAUCAAACUUAAGGCAAAGAACCAUGGCUAGUGACAUAAAGAAAUAAAU